UUCACAAUAACGGGUCUUACUGACAGCAGACUGCUGCAACCAGAGGAAGCCGGUCUGUACUUUAACAACCCUGUCUGUAGUGGAGGUCUGUCGGUUGUUUUUUCGUGUGAGAAGGUUAUAACGAGUCACAAACGAUCUCUCAACUGAUGUUGUUUGCGUCUAAGUGAUGGUGUGAGGAUUCGGUGAAGGGAGACUCAUGCGCAAAAAUGCGAAUUAUUCUCCCUUUGCUGUGUGUUCUGUGCGCCACACCGGUCCACUGCAUUUUUGAUGGAACCUGUCCCAGAAAAGACCCUCCCCCUGGUGUGUUGGUUUUAUCCCCGGGCAGUUCGUUGGUUUUGACCUGCAGCGGUCAUGUGGAGGUGGAUGGAGUAAAGGUCAGUGUGUCCAGACAAGGCUCAAACACCAACAGAAGAAAGAGAUCUUCUGAUGCAACCCCAACAUCCACUGUAAACAUUAGAAGCAACGCUGAAGUGUUGACGAAAAGUUUCAAACAUACUGGGGAGAAUUCUGUAAGUGAGGGAUACCACCCUGACCUGACUUAUGCAGGAGAAAACAGAAGCCUUGGGCGCACAGCUACGGGAUACACAGCUUCUCCCACCACUCACCCGAACAGACUGCUAAAGGAUGAAUCCGACUGGGAGGCUUAUGGGAUGGAUGGCGACAGCGAUUACGAGGAGGAGGGGGAGGAAGGGAGCAGAGUAACAAGGGGCAUAAAGUCAAGGCUACAGUGGAAGUGGAACAGUAGGAUAGUGGGAAAAGGAGACAGAGACUGGGGACAAAUCACUUUUGAGAGGAGAAGGGCGUCACUGUCUCUGCCCUCAGUAAGACUGACGGACUCUGGGAGGUACAGUUGUUAUCACAGAGGCAGAGAGAGGUUCUCCUUAAAAGUAAACAUUGCAGAUCCUCCAGAGAAUCCCAGCCUGUUCUGCUACAAAAGGUCACCGAGCAGUAAGAUCCGCUGUGAGUGGGCCCCCCAGAAACCUGUCACUAUAAGGCCUAACUGUUACCUCUUACUCAAUAAAAGUCCUUCUCUCAGCCCAGUAGAGGCUUUACGUCAUUCACAGUGCUCAUACUCAUCUCGGCGCUCUCGCUGUUGGUGUGCUCUGGAACACAAUUGGGACGAGCUGAGAACCCUCCACAUGGUCUACCUGUGUGUUACGAGCAUUGCUGGCAACGCCACCAGCCCCCUGCAGUACUUUACGCCUAUGGGGAUUUUAAAGCCAGACCCUCCGUCAGAUGUGUCAGUUCAACAGGAGGAAGGACAGGAGCGGAUGAGGGUCAGCUGGAAUUUGCCAAUCUCCUGGAUGCCUCAAGAUCACUUUUAUAAACUACUGUACGAGAUUAAAUACCGACCUCUCAUUUCAUCAUUUUGGCAGAUACAUAAGAUUGAGGACCAGCUGCGCUCCUUCACUAUCACUGAUGCAAUGCCUGGUUUUGAGUACCUGAUACAGCUCAGAACUAGAGAAGAGUAUGAUGGUCAGUGGAGUGACUGGAGUACACCUGCCAGCAGAUGGACAGUGGAUGGAGGACAGACACCAUCACCAUGGAGUUUUGGGACUGAUGCCACAACCUUUCCAGUAUACAUGGAAGGCUCUGGUACAGAUGAAGAUGUAUCUGAUGUUCCUCAACCUUCUCCAACUGGAGUGGCAGUGUCACAUUACAUCCUGUGGCUCUCCUGUGGUUCAUUUGUUCUCUUGUUGGCCAUUUUGGCUGCCUACAUAUUCAGACACAAGGACAGAGUUAUGUCUAAACUCCAGAGUCUGAGUGUCAUCACCCAGUGUGUUGACUCCACUUGUCCUCCACCCUCCACCUCAACACUUCCAGAAGGGCCGGCUCUGGUGACCCUUGCCCCCGCUCAUUGCCAAGAACCCCCACUGAGCAAAGUGGAAAAAGAGGAAGAAGAAAAUGAAGAAGAACAGUGGGUGAAGGAGAGGAUAGAAGCCAUGCACUUCAACAACACAAGUUAUUUCUUUUUCCUUAGGGAGUGAGGAGCAGGCGGAAAAGGGAAUACAACUAUCCAAACCCCGUGUCAUAGAUGACAAAAGGAUAAUGGACUUAAGAUUGUUAUGGUUCUUCAAUGAGCUUCUGUUGAUAGCAAACUGAAGAAGAGCUUGUAUAGUCUGACUCUUUUUUAUCUCUAAAUAAUGCCUAAAAUACCUUUAUGUUGUUAUAUUUCUGUUUAGUCGUCUCUCCCGUGUGUGUGCCAUUGUAGUGUGUUGAUAAAGCGCAGGCAAGCUGUACACAUUAUAAGCCUAAGUAGCACCGCCUUUUGUUUGUAUAGAAUUGUAUUGAGGUUUAUCAAAUAUACCAUUUGCAUCAAAUAUACCAUUUGCAUCCCUUUCAGUUUUCACAUAUUCUUUACAAGGUUGGAAAAAGAAUUGCCAAAAGCUGACCAUUAGAAGAUCAUCUGUUUUCUCUGCUCUGUCUUGAAGGGGGCCCUCUGUGCUAAAAUAUAGUUUCUAGACCUCCAUUAUCUUAGUUUUGUGUUUACAUGUUGCAUCUAAAAUUAAGUUUAAUGAAAGCAAAUUACCACUCA